CACGUCACGUUGUUGACAAUCUUAUGCGCGUCUUAAGAUCCCUAUCCCUGUUCUUAGCUGUUACAUCCUGUAACAGUGUUGUCAAAAAGUUUCGCCCCGCACCUGGCCCGUGGUAAUGUGCAAGCUUCACUUUGUAUGUAUAAAGGCCCAACGUAGCUUCGCAGCCAAGCACAGAACGUUGCACAGAAAGGUGUCACAUCGGGCUGAGACAUGGUGUCGGCGCGGCGUACACGGUCGCAAAUCGGAGCAAAAGGACGAACUCUUCGAUCUUGCAGAUUGGUCAAACUCUCAACAAGCAGCCGUGAGCCAGCAUCCGGCGUGCCACCCCCUGUAUGGGAUCCACCCACCUCGAGCGGACGCGUCCAGCGCGGCAUACACACAAACAGCAAGUCACAACCUCUAAGAGAACGUAACAUUGUUGAAGAUUGGCAAACCCUUGCUGCAUGCACCGCAUGCCGGCACUGCCUGGGUAUGUACCAGCCCCGGCGUACAGGAAAGAUCAGCGUCGGGGUAAUAGGUAAUACCGGCGCGGCGUGCAUUGCUUCAGAUCAGAGCUCGAGGACAAACUCUCUGCUCGUAGAUUGGUCAAGCUUUGAAAAUGAACCCGAGAAACAAGUGUCGGAGGGUCACCCAUCUUGUACUGUGGCCGUUGGGCCUCCAAGGUUUCAGCAUGUUCGGUGGGUGGAGCAAGGUAUCGACCUGACAACGUUCAAUAGACUCGGCGGCUACGGGCCGGCUACAAUUGCUGUAAAUAAACACACGCACUGGCCGUUAUACCCGGCGCCACGGGUUGACGUGUCGUCUAUGCAGGCAUCGGGUCGAUCUUUCAGGGAUUAAGGAAGAACUCCGGAGGUGAAGACCCACACACGCCUUUAACA